GCUGCGGCGGUGGCGCCAAAUCGCGAAUAUGGCGCCGGAGCGGCUGCGGAGCCGGGCGCUCUCCGCCUUCAAGUUGCGGGGCUUGCUACUCCGUGGUGAAGCUAUUAAGUACCUCACAGAAGCUCUUCAGUCUAUCAGUGAAUUAGAGCUUGAAGAUAAACUGGAAAAGAUAAUUGAUGCAGUUGAGAAGCAACCCUUGUCAUCAAACAUGAUUGAACGAUCUGUGGUGGAAGCAGCAGUCCAGGAAUGCAGUCAGUCUGUUGAUGAAACUAUAGAGCACGUUUUCAAUAUCAUAGGAGCAUUUGAUAUUCCACGCUUUGUGUACAAUUCAGAAAGAAAAAAAUUUCUUCCUCUGUUAAUGACCAACCACCCUGCACCAAAUUUAUUUGGAACAGCAAGAGAUAAGGCAGAGAUGUUUCGUGAGCGAUAUACCAUUUUGCACCAGAGGACCCACAGGCAUGAAUUAUUUACUCCUCCGGUGAUAGGUUCUCACCCUGAUGAAAGCGGAAGCAAAUUCCAGCUUAAAACAAUAGAAACCUUAUUGGGUAGUACAACCAAAAUCGGAGAUGUGAUUGUUCUUGGAAUGAUAACGCAGUUAAAAGAGGGAAAAUUUUUUCUGGAAGAUCCUACUGGAACAGUACAACUAGACCUUAGUAAAGCUCAGUUCCAUAGUGGUUUAUACACAGAGGCAUGCUUUGUCUUAGCAGAAGGUUGGUUUGAAGAUCAAGUGUUUCAUGUCAAUGCCUUUGGAUUUCCCCCCACUGAGCCCUCUAGUACUACUAGGUGCAAAGGCAACAUUUUCUGGCUGGGAGUUUACUGGCAGGGCGGCCUUUGCAGAGCAUCUACUCUUCCUGUUGAAGUAACUGAGGGAAAGGUGCUGAUCUUGCUAAGGAGAACACAAGCCCUAAUCAAGCCAAGCUCACCUCUAUUUGAGUGCUUUUGGUGCAGUUUGUGGUGUUUUUCAAUAUGGGCAUACUAUGGAAAUAUUAAUUUUUUUGGAGGUCCUUCUAAUACAUCUGUGAAGACUUCUGCAAAACUAAAACAACUAGAAGAGGAGAAUAAAGAUGCUAUGUUUGUGUUUUUAUCUGAUGUUUGGUUGGACCAAGUGGAAGUAUUGGAAAAGCUUCGCAUAAUGUUUGCUGGUUAUUCACCAGCACCUCCAACCUGCUUUAUUCUGUGUGGUAAUUUUUCAUCUGCACCAUAUGGAAAAAAUCAAGUUCAAGCUUUGAAAGAUUCCCUAAAAACUUUGGCAGAUAUAAUAUGUGAAUACCCAGAUAUUCACCAAAGUAGUCGUUUUGUGUUUGUACCUGGUCCAGAGGAUCCUGGAUUUGGUUCCAUCUUACCAAGGCCACCACUUGCUGAAAGCAUCACUAAUGAAUUUAGACAAAGGGUACCAUUUUCAGUUUUUACUACUAAUCCUUGCAGAAUUCAGUACUGUACACAGGAAAUUAUUGUCUUCCGUGAAGACUUAGUAAAUAAAAUGUGCAGAAACUGCGUCCGUUUUCCUAGCAGCAAUUUGGCCAUUCCUAAUCACUUUGUAAAGACUAUCUUAUCCCAAGGACAUCUGACUCCCCUACCUCUUUAUGUCUGCCCAGUUUAUUGGGCAUAUGACUAUGCUUUGAGAGUGUAUCCUGUGCCCGAUCUACUUGUCAUUGCAGAUAAAUACGAUCCUUUCACUAUGACAAAUACUGAAUGCCUCUGCAUAAACCCUGGCUCUUUUCCAAGAAGUGGAUUUUCAUUCAAAGUUUUUUAUCCUUCUAAUAAGACAGUAGAAGAUAGCAAACUUCAAGGCUUUUGAGAUUCUUAAAGACCAUCUGAAGAAAAUUCAUCAGUUUUCUGCUUAACUCUAUAUCUUAUGUGAUUUUGAUAUUACAAUAAAAUUAUGGUAAACUUUA